UUGCGUUCUGAAAGCUGCGUCCUUUCGUCCAAUCAGCUCCCGGAAGAUCGUUCAGCUUUUUGAUUCUCCAGGGUGGCCGCGAGAGGCUCUGCGGGGGGUGUGAAGAUGGCCCAAAAUCUCUUCAGAUCAUUGUCUAUUCCGGUCAAGCGUCUCAAGCCGGUGCUUCAUCCCAGACCUUCAUUGCUUCUGUACAGAGUUUCAACUCUGCCGUGCAGGAAACCCUGGUGUACUUCCUUUGCUUCUCCUCUCAUGCCUUCACAGACUAGGACAUUUUCUACUACUCAGGUCUGUUGGCAUACUUUUAACAUCCAGGAUGAGAAUGACUUCCAAGACAGAGUUUUGAAAAGUCAAAAACCAGUGGUGAUAGAUUUCCAUGCCCAAUGGUGUGGUCCCUGCAAAAUCCUGGGUCCCAGACUAGAAAAGGUCGUGUCCAAACAUGAGGGGAAGAUUCUGAUGGCGAAAGUGGACAUUGAUGAUCAUACUGAUCUUGCCCUUGAAUAUGAGGUGUCAGCUGUACCCACUGUCUUAGCCAUGAAGAAUGGUGAUGUGGUGGAUAAGUUUGUGGGAAUCAAAGAUGAAGAUCAAUUAGAAGCUUUUCUCAAAAAACUCAUUGGACCCUGAGCAGCAAGGACAGUUGUUUUCUCUGAGCCAAGGCUUUCUCCAUUUGUCCUUUUUAAAAUAUAUAUAUAUAUAUACACAUGUUUCCUUAGGGGGGAAUGGGAGAAAUUGCAUGGUUGGACUAGCAUCUGUUUUUUGAAGAGAGCAGAUGAUACCUACUUCCCCCUUCUUCUGGGGGAGUGGUGCUAAUAGUUCCUACUGCGGUGGAAAGGCUGAUUGCUCUGUGAUAGAGAAAGACUUGAGAUUGCUGCCUGCUAGCAGAUGCCCAAUGAGAAGAAAGUCUUCAUAAAAAGCAGCCUCUUCUUAAUGUACUUUCUCAUACAUAUUGGAGACACUUCCCGUUCCUGUCCAGUGUAAAACCCAAUGUGGUUAAUUAUUGCUGCUUAUGGCAGCAGUUGUUCUGCUUCAUCUCUGCAGCUUUCCUCCUUUGUUUAGUGAUAGAUUAAAAUCAUUUGCAGUUUUUGACGGUAGCCUCAGUGCCUCUCCUGCUGUCAUCAAUUAAAUUGAGAGAAACAUUGAUUGAUUGAUUGGAGCCUUUUUAUUAGUAGAUCUAUAAUAAAAAAUAGCUGUAAUUAUUCCAUUUUCUUUUGGUAUAGAAUUCCCCUCCUGCAGGAAAAUUAAAAUUGUUCAGUAUAGCUUGAGUAGUAUAUGGUUGAAUACAGAAUAUGAAUAAGGAAGAGUUUGGCAUUAAAACUUUGCUAGUCAACAGACACAAGGCCUUUUGUGAGAAGAAACUGUCCCCUCUUUUUUGCCUAAGCAUUUUAUCUCCAAACAUAUUGAGGGAAAUCAGUGCAUUAGAAGUGCUUUUUUAAAAGAACCAAUGAAAUACUUUUUCAUGCCACUUUCCACUCAUAUUUGAAUCUAUUCUCUAUAAAUGAUAAAUCAAGUCAAAUUUUAAAUUUCACAAUGUUUUAAUUUCAGGCCAGAUGUCCAAUUUAUUUAGAUUUUGCUAUGGAUUUUUCCAUUUUCAUAAAUCUAUGGGGAAAAAACCCUGCUAGAUUGUAACAUUAAAGGAAUUUGUUAGGCUUCCUUUAUUGAUUAUAAGGAAGCUGAGCAGAAAGAGUCAUUUUCUCUUCUUUAACAAAUAAAGUACCUGAUAGAAAGGCAGCAUCUCUGUGAAGCGUCUUUGUUCUGCACAAAUGUACAGACUUUGCAUUUUAAAUAUUAAAGAAAUUAAAAGAACAAAAAUCCAGCCACUUGAUGCAUCUAAUAAAUUCAGUUAUAUCCUUAUUGCCUCUAUGGACUUUUAAACCAUACAUCAAAACUUCACAGAAUCCGAAGUACCAUGGAUCUACUGAAAGUGAAAUGCUUCAGUUUGUUUCUGUGUCAUCUGAGAUGGAUUAUUUUUUUAACACCCCCUCCUUUUACUCAGCAAUAGAACAUGGUUAGAAAUAUUUUAGUAUCGGUCACAGAAACAUGAGAAUGGUCAGAGGUUGCCUUCACACAUUACUACAGAGCAGUGUUUUCAACCAUAGCAACUUUAAGAUGUCUCAAGUCCAAUUCCCAAAAUUCCCCAGCCACCAUGCUGAGAGAUUCUGAGAGUCCAAAGAUCUUAAAUUUACUAAGCUUGAGAAAUAUUGCUAUAAAGGACAGUGUAAUUUGUUUGGCUUAGGCUAGUGUGUAGUUUGAAACCAGCCUUAUGAAAAUGGGUGGGUGACCAAUGGCUUACUGUGCUCUUCAAACCCAGCCAGUAGUUUAUUUAGCAAAUCAUGGCAGAGUGUGAUAGGUCAACCAUAUCAGUAAUUAAGGAAUUUAUGAAGACUUUUAACAUUGUCCUUUUUGUUGAUAGUUGUCCUAGAUUAGAUGGACAUAAUGUUUUAAAUAGUCUCAAAAUGGAAACAGAUUUUGCUCUAUUUCUGCCUUGUACUGUUACAUAUUUCCUAUAAUAAUAAGGAUAUUAGUCUGUGCCAGGAUAAUGCAUAAAAAUGACUCCUAUUGGAGAACAGGAUGUUCUGUGAGCUUGUCAUCCAAUAAAGCUAUUCUAAAUCUUUA